GUCAUUCCGAAUGCGGCACAUGUGGGCUGAGUGUUGAAUCCUCAGUGUUCUCCAGCGAGUUACAGUAGAUACUGCCAAGGGGUUAUGCUGCUUUUCUCCUCCUCUCCGGUUCGCUUAAAGUGAAAAAGCUCAGCCAGAGACCCUUUCCUGGCAAACAAGAGGAAUCCAGGGAAGCAAGAUCAUUAAAGCUAUAACAAUUUGAUUACUGAUGAAGGUGCUAAGCAGUUGCAAUGCACCCAAAGCUUAAAUGCAAAAGAAAUGGAGGCUUUAAAUGCACACUCAUCAGAGGAGGAUCUCAAAAACGUCACUUCUUCAUGACAUGUGAUAAUGAAGAUGAGCCAUAUCAGCUGAUUGAUCGUCACAGGAAAAGAAAGAAUGUUAUAUCUUUCCCAUUUAUGUUCAGACGAUUUACCCAUGAAUCAGGAAGUCAGGGGCAUCUAGAAUCUGUGUUGAAACCCCCUUUGUUUGAUCUUCCUUUAUCACUUGUUUAUGGUGCUGAAGAUACACUGCCCAAAUCUAUACAGGAUAUCCUUACAAUACUCUACCAAAAAGGACCAUUCACUGAAGGGAUAUUCCGAAUAGGCGCCAAUGAGAAGGCCCGCAAGGAGCUGAGAGAGGAAUUAAAUGCUAGAGACAACAUUGCUUUAGAAAAAAAGUCCGUUUAUCUGCUAGCUGUGGCUUUUAAGGAUUUCCUCCAAAUUCCCCACAAAUUGUUGCUGACUGAGCUUCACGAUGAGUGGAUGACAGCAUUAGAAAAAAAUCAUCAAGAAAAAAUUGAAGCCAUGAAAGAGGUUGCAAGCAAAUUGCCACAGCCAAAUCUUCAUUUGCUCAAACACUUGCUUUCUCUUCUUCACCACAUUAGCCAAAACUCCAAAAUCAACAAAAUGGAUUCCAACAAUCUUGCCAUCUGUUUUGGACCAACCAUGUUGAGUCCAAAUUGGAACGAAAGCCUGCCACUUGAAAUCCAGAAAAAACUAAAUGAUAAGGUGAAGACACUGGUGGAAUUCCUCAUUAAUAAUUGUUCAGAUAUAUUUGGAGAAGAAAUCUACUCACUGUUUUCUAGGAAUACUGAUAAUUCCCUGCAUAUGACAGACACGUCAUCACCAGACCAGCAUCGUGAUUCUGCUUAUGACAGCACAGACCUUGAAGGGGAAUGCAGUCUCAGUGACCUUCAAUCCAGGGGUUUAUCCCACAUCAGCAGACCAAGCAGUACAGAAUUGUAUCCCAAACAUCCGCGAACCCAGAUCCCUUCUGCCUUCUCCCUGACUCAUUUUAAAACAACAAUGAAGAAACUUGAGAGGAGAUCCUCAGAACCAGACUUACAGUCUUCCAAGAAUUGCCGGAAAAGCUGUGUGAAACUUCCAAAACUUUCCAAAAGUGAGGAGAAUUUUAUUCGGCAGAAGGAAUUGGGACUGAAGAAUAGAGAGCUGAGAAUGGGAAUGCAGACAGUUGAAGAAUCCCAUCCUUCCGGGCGCUACAGGAACAAAAAGCCAUCAGAUCUCAGAAUCAAAGCCAACUUCCCCACAGAAUUAUCAAGUGAUUCCUUACUCAGCACAUCUUCUUCCAGUUCACUAGACAGUGCUUCCUCUAUCUCAGACUCUUCUGUAUUCACUAGUUCACCACUCCCAUCACCUGCCAUCUUCAAGAACAACAUCUUAACUCGGCCGCAGUCCUUCUCUGCCAAACUUUCAAAUGGAAGUGACCGAGCUGUCUCAGAGCUCAAGAAGCACGCCAUGUUUUUCUGUGCCACCCGCAAGAUGCUGCUGGCCAAAACAGAAAGUGGCAGGGGUUGCUUUCAAAAAGGCAGUUUCAAAAAGGGCUCCAGAAAAGAAAGAGCACUUUCCUGUCAGUUUGCUCAAGCAACUCAUGAGACUAUUCCCAGUCCAGAACCCUCAGGCUGUCCACUGAGGUCCCGUUUUAUGUCGGCAGUUGAAGUUUUUCGACUUGUAGAUCAAAAUAAACCUAGAAGGCCUCCUUCCUAUGAAGAGGCAACCAAACACUUUUCUUCUGUUAGAUUUCCAUCACGCAACAGUUUAAGAGCUCAUCCUCUGAGGCCCCCCAAGGUUCCGCAUGAUCCUGCAUCUGGAUGUCCAGGGCUCAAGAAAGAGAUAACAAACAAAGCAAAUGAGAACCUUUUUAAUGACAGAUCCUCUUUGAUCAAUGACUCCCAGGACAAAAAACCAGUUGUGGAUUUUGUUAUUGGAAUACAUUCACGGGCAAAUUUGCCUUUGACCCCUCAAGUGUACCGCCUCAGGACCAUGUCUGGGUCAUAUCAAAAGAACAAGCAAGAAUAUAUGACGCUACAGAACAAUCAGAUAACUUUUGAGCACUUACAAUGUGCAAAAGAAUCCUAUGUUUAAACUUAAUUUUCUCAUUUCAGUACAAAUGUAUACAUUCUAUGCCAGGCAUGGAAGCAAGACUUUUGCCAAACUUUAUUGCCUAAACAGAUAUAAAUCCAAUUUUCCAUAAAAUUGUAUUUUGUCUAGUAUCCAGGGUGUUGU